ACAUAUAAUACAACCAACCCUCUAUCUCUCUAUUGAUUCUUCGGCUUAGUGAUUCCAAGUGAAGAAAACCAUAAGAAAUUCAGUUGGGGAACAAGGUGUUUUGACAUGGAAUCUUGGAGACCAAGAACCCCGCAGACGAGCUCAAGUGAUGAAGAUCAAGUCAGAUCAGAUGAUCACAAUUCAGGUGCUGCAACAGUGAAACGAAGCUACGAAUGCACGUUUUGCAAGAGGGGGUUUACCAAUGCUCAAGCCUUGGGAGGUCACAUGAACAUCCACAGGAAAGACCGAGUCAAACCGAUGCAACACAUCUCAGGUAAAUCAUCACUUAAUGCAAACCACUACUCGAAUGAGGAUCAAUACAUAUCCAUGAGUACUUCUCAUCAUCAUCAUCAAUAUAGUAGCGUACCACUUUCAAGCCAGGGGGUUUCUGGGUACUACCCAGUUUUCGAUCAGAUGAAUUACCAAAGGUAUUUUCAGCCAACUGGGUCUAACCCUAGAAUCCCAUACGGUUAUGAUCUUGACGAUUCAUCAGUUGGGUCAAGGUCACACUCUUUGGGUAUGAACCAAGAACUUUGGGGUACGAAUUUGAGCUUGCAGUUGGAGGAUGAUGAAUUCAGAAGGGGUGUGAGGAGUAACGAUGAAGUGGAUUUGGAACUUCGACUUGGGCAUGGUUAAUUUAUUUUAACCUACCUAGGUAUAUAAUAGUAACAAGAAACUCCUCCAGCAGCUAGCCAACUAUUUUCUUUAGCACAAAAAGGUAUUUAAGAAUUUCAUCGUAAUACACAUGUAUUU